GGGCGUAGCCCAGUCGCAUGUUUUCGCAGCAAAUUAAAUGACGUUGCCGUUUCCUUGUUUUUGUCAAGCUUGGACAGCGCAUUCCUUGAAACUGUGGACCAUAAACGAUCUUUAACUCCAACUUGGCCAGCCAGGUGUUGUAGACCGUGUGGUGUGGCGUCAGUGCACCCCAGCCUGGGUGCAAUGUUCCUCAGCUCCACAUGAGCUCUACUAUGUGGUACAUCAUGCAAUCUAUUCAAAGUAAAUAUUCCCUGUCCGAGCGGCUCAUCCGCACCAUUGCUGCCAUUCGCUCUUUCCCACACGACAAUGUGGAGGAUCUUAUUCGAAGGGGAGCUGACGUGAACCGUAUGCACGGCACUCUGAAGCCCUUGCACUGUGCCUGUAUGGUGGCGGAUGCCGACUGUGUCGAGUUGUUGUUGGAGAAAGGAGCAGAGGUGAAUGCCCUGGACGGCUACAACCGCACAGCGCUGCACUACGCAGCAGAGAAGGACGAGGGCUGUGUGGAACUCCUCCUUGAGUACGGGGCCCAGCCCAAUGCAUUGGACGGCAACAAGGACACCCCGCUACACUGGGCGGCCUUCAAGGACAACCCUGAGUGCGUCAGGGCUCUGCUGGAGAGCAGUGCCUGCCCCAACGCACGGGACUACAACAAUGACACUCCAUUAAGCUGGGCCGCCAUGAAAGGCAACCUAGAGAGUGUGAGGGUUCUGUUAGAAUAUGGAGGCCAGGUCCAUGUUACUAACCUAAAAGGCCAGACACCCAUCUCUCGCCUGGUGGCCCUACUUGCCAGGGGCCUGGGGGCAGAGCAGGAGGAGGAGUGUCUGGAGCUGCUCUAUAAGGCAGCGGGGAGGUUUGAGAUCCGCCGGGCAGAUGGUACCUUACCCAGGGAGCUCAGUAAGGAUCCCCAGCUCCUGGCCAAGCUGACCAGUAUGGUGGCUGAAGCACCGACGCUACGCGCGCUGUCACGGUGUGCUGUCAGACAGAGCCUGGGGGUGAGAUUCCUCCCCACUGCGGUCAAAGAGCUGCCUUUACCAGAGUCGGUCAAAGAGUACUUACUGCUGAGAGACUGAACUUACAAGGGGUGGGACUAGAGGUGACAGGAUGUGUAAUCACUAUCAAUCGUAUUCAGACUGGAAAUCUGUGCUUAGCUCAAAUUAGCUCAAGAGUUGCACGCACCUAUCUCACCCAUUUAAUAGUUUAUGAUGCAUAUAUUCUGACAAAGUUUCUCCUUAAUGAGGAAUGAUGUUGAUUCUAGAUAGUAUGAGGUGUUGUAGGCAGUCCAAAAGGUCACACUGAGAUGAGGAAGUACUUAGUUCUUAUGUGGUUGUUGUGUGUGUGUGUAAAAUUUGAGUGAUUCGCUUUUUCUCAGUGCUUCCCUCUUCGUCAGUGAGUCUGCAGAAUCAGCCUUGCAAUCCCAAAAAACAUAGUGUAAAAUAUGGAAUUGCAUUUCAUUCAAUGUUGCAUUUCAUGAUAACUGAGUAUAAUCACUCUUCGUGUUACAAAAUAAUAAACAAUUGUAGAUGACAUAUUUAAAAUCACUAAUAUAUUAUAGAGAUCAGUGUGCCAGGUAAUGUUGUUACAUAAUGUUGAUUAACAGAUAUGUGACUGUAAAACAAAAUCAUCUGUAUCAUAUAGCACUUCCUGGCAGGAUUGGGGUAAAUUCUGAAUUAAGUUGCGAAUUGGUGUUUUAAUUCCAUUGUUGAAUUUGAAUUGGCCACACCCCACAGGAAGCAGAAUUUGAAUUAAAUUAAGUAUAAUUUAAUGAAAAUAAAUAAAUUCAAAUGGAUAAUUUAUUGCAUACGUCAUUAUGCACAUGUUUAUUUUGACAUGUAUGGUUACCAAUACUAUAUUUAAAACUCAUUAUCCUUCAACGAGUUUAUCAUAAUUAUAGUGGUUUGGAAUAUUGUAAGAUCAUUGUGAAGGUUGUCUAUAAUAAUUCAAAUUCACUUACAUGUUAUUAGAUAAAAUAAACAUGUUUUCCAGAAUGCAUUAGCUCAACCACUCAGAACAUCUCAUGACAAAAAUACAAACAUCUGUGAGUUAUAAUAAAGCAAAUAUUUGAAAUGGUAUCUGUAUUCUUUAGUAAGAGGUGGCAGAUGCUUCUGGCAAAAUAUUUGUCAAAGGACUGAGACUUGAUGUUUCAUAUCUAAGUUUGAAUUGUUUUUUAAUUAAAUUCUACUUUAAUUCAAAUUCAUUGCAAAUUCUGCUUCCUGUCGAGUGUGGCGAAUUCGAUUUUCAAUUCGUGGGAUGAAUUGAAUUAAAUUCUGAAAUUCUGAAUUGACCCCAACCCUGCUUCCUGGGCUAAAUAUGUGGAAAUGCCAGCCUGUCAAAUAUAUAAGUGUGAAAAUGUGAUUUGCUAUUUGUGUUUUCUAUACAAGUUUUUGAAUGGAAAAGGUACAGUGUACGUUGGCUUAUUUUAGUUGAAGUAUGCUGAUGUACAGCCAACUAUUGAAGAAUACAUAGAUAUUUUGUUUUCUAUAGAGACUAGGUAAACCUUUAUUUUAUAAUUUUUACAUCAGGAUUUUCCAUGGUGCUUUUUUUGGUCCAAAACUUUGUGCACCACAGAUUUAAAUGUGACCAUAAACAAUGUAACCAGCAAACCAUAUAAAGGUCUUUUUCAAAAUUGUUUAUUUUAGGCAAAAGCUUUCAGUAAUAGUAGAAAUUGUCAUAGUGGCAUGAAUUUGGAUGUUUUUUUUAAUUGUAUUUAAAAUAUAUAAACUAUAGAAGCUUUGACCAAUGUACUUUAGUUUGUAGUGAAACUCAAGUGACACAUUUUUGACAGUUGUUUAAUGUGUUUGUUUCUGUUUGCUUGUUUGCCAGGUGUGUACAUGCAUAAUAUUGAUAGUUAAUUUGGUUCUCUUAGACACCAAUGUAAACCUACAAAGUGCAUUUUUCUGUUAAAUAAUGAAAAAAAAAAAGUAAACGCCUUCCCUUAUACUAUG